CGCCCCGUCUCCUCACUCUGCUGCUGCAGGGUCUGGCGACGACCGAUUCUCUUGACCGACGUGGAGGUUGACCGACCGACCUCCAUUUCAACACUCGACACAGACGCAGCCGAGGGAAAAGCGACAGAGCGACGUGGAGCGACGUGGCAAGAGAAGCCGCGCUACGAGCCGGUCAAUCUAAUUGCGGAGUAACAACGCCAACGCCAGAGGGACAAAGACGAUACCGAUCAGAGAGCCAAUCGACAUUGACCUGCGAAGACGCGUCAACUCGACUGCAUGGGAAGCGACAGCGUGACCACUCUGGACUUGUUCGGCUUGGAACGCAGUUGUACCUGCCAGCGUGGCGUGAUAGAAGCUUGGUCGUCUCUACCAUCACUGAUCAAUCAUCAUGACGACCCCCAAAUCAACGUAUUGGCUCGCAGACUUGAAGCGGCAGGGAUUGUCCCCUUACCACUCCAACCCAACCCAAUACCCCGUCUUCCGCAGCGUCAAGGACUAUGGCGCCAAAGGUGACGGCGUCACGGACGACACAGAUGCAAUCAACCUCGCCAUCAGCACCGGCGGACGGACCGGUGGCGGAGGUCCAGGUAUGGACAGCUCUACCAUUGCCCCCGCCCUAGUCUACUUCCCCUCCGGCAUCUAUCGGGUCACCAAGCCCAUCAUCAGCUACUAUUACACUUCCCUCGUCGGUGACGCUACCAAUCGCCCAACGCUCAAGGCCGACCCCUCUUUCCAGGGUCUCGCGGUGAUUGAUGAGAAUCCCUAUCUUGCCGGCGGAGCAAAUUGGUAUACGAAUCAGAACAACUUUUUCCGCUCUACGAGCCACUUCAUCGUUGAUUUGACGCAGGUGGUAGAGUGCUCCGGCAUUCAUCACCAGGUGGCACAGGCUACAACCCUGCGCGACGUACAUUUUGAAAUGCCUUUGGGAAACAAUAGGUGCAAGGGCAUCUUCAUGGAGAAUGGGAGUGGCGGGCAUCUGACCGGCCUCACCUUUCGUGGCGGCAUGGUAGGAGCCUGGCUGGGCAAUCAGCAGUUCACAGUCCAAGACUGCUCCUUCGAAAAAUGCCAGAUCGCAAUCGACGCCUUCUGGUGCUGGACCUUCGUCUACCACCGUAUCGCCAUCAAGGACUGCCAGACCGCUAUCCGGGUCACCGCAGCGAUGGUCGACGGGAAAGGAGAGACCGCGCAGGCUGUCUCCUCUAUCGCCUGUCUGGACUGGGACGUGCAAAGUACCCCGGUGGCUGUCGACAUCAUCUCCGACGAUACUGGCGCAAGAGGUAGCGUGGUGCUCUCCAACUUCAAGACGGCCAACGUGGACAGCAUCGUCGUUCGCUCGGUAAAGAGUGGCCAAACAGUGCUGCUCGCCCCUCCCGACGCUGGAUCAACGAGUACAAAUUGGUCUUGGCAAGGAGACAAUCCGCCUACAAAGUCGACUGAUCCGGCUACGGGACCCCUAACGCUGCCUCGCCCGACUUCCAUGCUCGAUAGCAGUGGGCAAUGGCACGUUCAGCCGCGUCCCGACUAUCUAGACCUUACCGCGAGCGAAUUUCUCUCUGCGCGAGACUACGGCGCUGCAGGUGAUGGCGUGCAUGACGAUACGGCUGCGCUGCAAGCGGUGCUACGUGACUCUGCUGGGUCAGGAAAGGUUGUCUGGCUGCCCCACGGCGACUACGUCAUCACCGACACGCUGAUCAUCCCGCCUGGCUCGCGCAUUGUCGGGGAGGUCUUCCCUGUGCUCCUCGGUACAGGCUCCAAGUUCGAAGAUGCCAGCGCACCCCGCCCCGUCAUUCAAGUAGGGGAGCAGGAUGGCCAAGCAGGUCAAGUCGAGAUUUCAGAUUGCAUCUUCUCAACCAAGGGCCCCACGCCAGGUGCAAUCGUUCUGCGAUGGUGCCUCGCCGGCGGUCCAACCUCCGGGAUGUGGGACACGCACAUCCGCUUGGGAGGGUGCGCAGGUACCAACCUCGACGACGAGCGCUUCGAUGCUGAAAAGCCCAUUGACACCACAAACGCCUCGGCAGCCUUCAUGGCGUGGCACAUCACUCCUCGGGCAAGCGGAUGCUUCGUCAACAAUUGGGUCUGGCUGGCGGACCAUCUCCUCGACACUUCAGGAGGUCGCAACGCGGGCAAACAGUUGUCCCUCCUCGCUGGUCGCGGCAUCUUCAUCGAGUCCAACCCAGGCCCCGUAUGGCUCUGGGGUGGGGCGAGCGAGCAUUUCCUGCUUUACCAGUAUCAGAUGUUCAAGGCACAGAACGUGUUCAUUGGCCACGCCCAGACGGAGACUCCAUACUUCCUAGGCGAGGGGGUUGCGCUUCCCACCCAGCUCGCGAAGCCCAUUACGACGGGUGCGCCGUGGUAUGAUCCUGACUGGAAGAACACUCCUCCCCCGCAAGCGGGCGAUACGGGAACCUUCAACGUCCGAUCGUGGGGGAUGCGCGUUAUUCAGUCGUGGUCUGUCCAUAUCUACGGGCCGGGGCUCUACUCCUUCUUCGACGCCUAUAGCCAGGAUCGCCUGCCUGAGAGACGCUGUCAGCGCGGCUUGUUGAGCAUCGAAGGGAGCAACGAGCAGGACGUUGUGCUGGUCAACCUCAACACGAUUGGUGUGCGCAGCAUGAUCGAUGUUGACGGGGUGGAGAAGGAGGAUGAGAAGGAUCACCGCAAUGGUCUCCCGAGCACCUUGGGUUAUUAGCGCGCGGCUGCUGCGCGGCCAUACUCUCGCUGUGAUACCGAUCAAUGCUGUUUGAUUCACUUCUCA